UUGAAGGCUUGACAAUUUGGAUAUGGCCAAUUUUCAAGACGUUUUUACUAGCACUGAAUAUCGAAACUGGAUGAAAUGCCAUUUUGCACAAAGCCUUGCUAAGGAUGUUCUAACUGAUGUCGUUGAGGCAGAGAUUGAAUCGUUUCGUAUUCAGAUAUUACACCAUGCUCAAGUCACUACGCUUCAGCCACAUGGCACAGUAUGUAACAAAUGCAUGACUCCUAAUGUUAUCAAAUGCCCUACAAAGACAGUGUGCACAACAAAACACAGAGGCUGUAAAUUUCACAACAGUGUCGCUCUCAGUAACAGAAGAUGUCCAACGAACGGCAUGUGUGAUAGUUUGUGCAAAGCGAUUAUUGACAAUCAUCGUUUUAAAGGACCUUCCUGGAAAAAUACGGACGCAACCCAAUGGUGCACAAUCGCGUGGUCGAUUGCUAAAUGUUACAUGCCCCCAGAUGGGUACGAGAAUGUUAACACGGCUCAUGACACCGAUUUUAACGGCAUUGUGAAUAUCAUCAUAAACUGUAUCAAAUUUCAGAAGUACUUUAAAGACGACCUAAGCAAAUCUGCCAAUAUCUGCACAAAGGUUAGAGACAAGUGCAAAACGCUAAGACAUUCCCCUACUAUGACGAUGGCUGAUGACGAUAUGGGCCAUUUUAUAGACACCCUUGUGGGCAUUCUAAAUGAUUCAGUAUACGUGAACAAUCAUUCUAAAUUUACUGAGACAAUCCAGAAACUACGUAAGUUGAAAACAGAUGCAUUAGGGGUUUCUGCAACUGACAUGAACCGAACGUUAGAAGAUGCGCUAUUAAACCUAACCACUAUGGUCAAGAGUUGCAGCGAUAUAAAGCUUGAGGACCGCGACUCUUUAAAAUUACAACAUAUGCUCAAUGUGGCUGACUCGCUGCACCAUCUCACUGGUGAUGUUCGAACCCGCAUAGAGCAUGCUCUUUCUGGUGAAAAGAAUGAAACGGCGUCGUCGAACAAAACGAUUGGCGCUGUUGCGGCUAGUGUCGCUGGUAUAGCAGGGGUUGCAGGCAUAACAGCGGCAUCAUUUAGUGUCGGCGGAGCUGGACCUGCGUCAAUGGGAGCCGGUAUAGCAGCAGCUACGUUUGCCUCGACUGCUGGAUCCACACUUGCCUUUGGUUUAGCAUUAUUAGGCGCUGUUGCUGCGCCUGUUGUGCCUAUCACGCUAGCAUCACUAUAUAGGCAACAAACAGUAGAAGAGACGGACGUGAUCCUCGUGUCUCUUACCAUUCGCUUCUGUGUGUUUUUCCUGCUCGUCGUACAGAAUGAAGUGCACUACUCGUAG